AUGGUGGUAGACAUCGACAAAUGGAGAAAAGGAGGGUAUUCACAGAAGGUUGAAGAAUGGAUGACAUUGCAAAAACAAAAGAGAAUAUAUCGAUUGGGGUCAUUGCCACCUAUUUUGCUUGUUUUUGCAGCGAACAUUAAGGCAGUGGAUCAUAGAUGGAAUCGACAUGGAUUAGGUGGUGACACUUUUGAAGACAAUCGUAGAAGGCUUCAUCCUGGACCGAUUAGCCUCCUACACUGGAGUGGCAAGGGUAAACCAUGGUUAAGAUUGGACUCUAGGAAGCCAUGCACGGUCGACUAUUUGUGCGCCCCGUCAAUCUCUAUCGUGUAUAGUAGACCAGUUUGCAUUAGUGUUAAAUGGCUCAAAAUUAAGGCCCGCAAUGCUUCUUCAAGUUUGAGUUCCAACACAGUGGAUGGCGACACUGAGUCUGCACAGCAGCUAUUCGAGAAGUUGAAAGAGAUAGAGAGAGAACGAAUGAAUAAGUUGGAAAAAUUUGAAAGAGAAGCAAAUGUUCAAUUAGAGAGGCUGCUUGCGAUGGCUUCAGAGUGGAGCAGAGCACUGCUGACCAUGAGGGGAAAGUUGAAAGGAAUAGAACGGGACCCUGCAACAUUAGAAGCUUCAAGACUUGCGGAAUUCUUGAUUCUACAAACAGGAAUAACUGCAUUUGGGAAGGCCUAUUACAUAUAUCAGAAUGAUCUUGUGCCUAAUCUUGCUGCCUAA